AUGGCAGCCGCCCAAGGUCUGAAGCAGAUACUCGCCAAACAACCCAGCGACGUUGUCAUCCUCUCCUCUCUACGUACCCCAGUCACCCGGGCCGUCAAAGGGGGCUUUAGAGACACCUACGACCAUGAACUUCUUUGCCACGUCCUACGCGCUACCCUCGCUGCGAACCCGAACCUUGACCCGGCGAAAAUCGACGACGUUGCGGUCGGUGUGGUCCUUGCUGAACUGGGUGGAUCGAAAGCCUCUCGCAUGACACAGUUACACGCUGGUUUCCAUGAGCGGACGCCCUUGCACACGGUAAACCGAGCUUGCAGUUCAGGCCUAGCCGCUGUGACGAGCAUUGGGAACAUGAUUGCUAUGGGACAGAUUGAUGUGGGCAUUGGCGCAGGUAUGGAGAGUAUGACAAAGAAUUACGGGAGCAAGGCGAUUCCCACUAUGCUCUGGGACGAAGUCAGGAAUAGCCCCAUUGACAAUGCACGGGACUGCAUCAUGCCUAUGGGCCUCACUAGCGAAAAUGUGGCAAAGAGGUACGGUGUGAAUCGACAAGACCAGGAUGCCUUUGCUGCCGAGUCACAUCGCAGAGCUUCAAAGGCACAGAAAACUGGUCUGUUCGACUCGGAAAUCGUCCCUGUCAAGGUCAGACAAUACGCUCCGGAGCACCCUGAUGCACCUCCCACUGAAGUCGUGGUCGACAAAGAUGACGGUAUCAGACACGAUGCUAGCCUCGAGAAGAUGGCCAAACUAAAACCCGCUUUCUCACAAGACGGAUUCUCGACGGCGGGCAAUUCCAGCCAGAUUUCGGAUGGUGCUGCUGCGACAUUGCUGAUGCGCCGGUCAACUGCCAAUGAACUCGGCCUAACUAAAACCAUUAUUGGAAAGUGGGCAGGCAGCCAGGUCGCAGGGUGCAGGCCAGAUGAGAUGGGUGUCGGUCCUGCUGUGGUCAUUCCGAAACUCCUCGACUAUACUGGCUUGAAGAAAGAAGAUGUGAACAUCUGGGAGAUCAACGAAGCAUUCGCAAGUCAAGCUCUUUAUUGCAUUCGAAAGCUGGGGUUGGACACGGAAGUGGUCAACCCAAGAGGUGGAGCGAUUGCGUUAGGUCACCCAUUGGGUAUGACUGGGACAAGACAGCUCGCGACUCUGAUGCCUCAAUUGCAAGAGGGACAGGUCGGUGUCGUGAGUAUGUGCAUUGGCACUGGCAUGGGCAUGGCAGGCCUCUUCGUCAGGGAGUAA